ACACAGUCUGCUUUGCUGUUAUUCAAACCUUCACAUAUUCACUACAGCAGCUGCUGUAAGAAGACUACAGCUCCACGGAUUGAGUCCACUCUUGUGGUUUUUGUCGUCUUGAAUUACUGGAGACUACUUCUUUUACAUAGACAUCUGGUAUUACUAGCUCUCACUAACAAUCUGUGGUUAGCUGGGGAAGGAUGUGGAGGAGACAUGCUCAAAUCCUGGGCCUGCUGCUUUGCACUCUAGGCUGGGGCUUUGUGGGCUGCACACUUGCUAUGAACCAUUGGAGGGUGGCCCAGCUGGGAGGUCAAGGGGGCUCCUCUGUGGUGACAGCAUCCUGGUUCUGGUCUGACCUAUGGAAGGACUGCUAUGAGGACUCCACUGGUGUAGUGAACUGCGUGGACUUUGGGGUUCUGUGGAGUGUCAAAUCAUACAUCCAAGCAGUCAGGGGGCUCCUUCUGAUUGGUCUAAGCCUCGGACUAGUCGCCACCGUGCUCACGUUUUUCGGUAUGGAGUGCACACGCCUUGAUGGCGAUAAGAGAAGUAAGGACAGGAUGUUGAUGACAGCGUCUGCUGUCCAUGUGGUUGGCGGUGAGUGUGUGUCAGACCUGGCUGGUUAUUGUUUAUACACAAACAGAGUGGUUGAAGCUUUUUUACAUGCCAAAGCAGAUCCAACAAAACUGAGGUAUGAAAUUGGACCGCCCCUUUACCUCGGCAUGGUUGCGAGUGUCCUCAUUUUACUUGGGUGUGUAGUCCACUGUGCGACUACAUGCAGAGUUAAACACCCUAAAAAAUACCCCAAAAUAAUCCCUGUGACAUUUUUUCUCUGCAGCAAACUUCCCCACCAGGAAUAUAGAGGAUAUAAACACAUCUGCAUACCAUCAAAAGUGUCACAUGACUUCAGGAACAUCUCCUCCUACAAGCUGGCAACUGUAGUGACUGUGUAACACUGAGGACUUGUGAAUUGUAUUAUUGUUUUGAAUUCAUUU